AUCUUUGGUGACUUCCUGAUCUGACUGCCAGGCAUCAACAUAUCCUAACAUUUCUUGAAGAAAAAGGACCAACACUGCACCAUUCAGCAUGAGGUUCCGUUUCUGUGGGGAGCUGGACUGCCCAGACUGGGUCUUGGCCGAAAUCAGCAUCCUCUCCAAACUGACCUCUGUGAAAAUGAAGCUUCUUUGUGUCCAAGUGGUCAAAGACUUGCUUGGACAGUCCAUAGACUAUGACAAAGUCCACAAGCUCACAGCAGAUGCUAAAUACGAGGCAGGAGAUGUGAAAGCCAGUAUUGCUGCUUUGUCUUUCAUCCUAUCGAGUGCAGCGAAGUACCAAGUCGACGGCGAGUCUCUAAGCAACGAGCUACAGCAGCUUGGCUUACCAAAGGAGCAUUCCAGUUCGCUGUGUAAGACCUACGCGGACAACUUGAGCAACCUACAGGCGCAGUUCAUGCGACAGAGUCUGAAACUGUCCCAGCUCGAGUCCGCAGAAUGGCGGGUGGACUACAUCCUGAGCUCGAGCGAGUUACAGGAGGUGCAGGAACCGAUGGUGCAGCUGAGGUUUAGGGUUCGAAACCCGGACACGGGAGACGUCACGCCACAUUCGUUCAACAUGACCGCAGACAAGUUCAGGUUGUUUCUGAGUGAACUGAAGCAGGCACACCAAGUCAUGGGAGGACUGGCCUUGUAACCUUGGGCCUUGAAUGGAAAACUGUUAUGAGAAAGCUGAAACACCGUUAUAUAUGACCUCCUUUGAUCAAUAUCGACGAUGGUAAAAUUCUAAUUGAUAUCAGCCCUACAGCAUUCGCUGUGGCUAAACAUUUGAAACACAGUGUAUCUGCUGUAUUCAACAAAGGAACCAAUUUCGUCAUUUUCAAAGCAAGAGAGACUUUGAGAAAAAGCAAAGCGGUUGAAAAUAAGAUUUUUUCAAUGAGUUUCAACUUCCAGCUGUGAAAUGUUCAAGAUAGCAAAUACUCAAGCAACUGGAUAGAUUUUGGUCUGGGUAAUUGCUAUCUUGUGCAUCUUAUUACCUGUAUGAUGGUAUGAAAGGAUUUUUGUGAAAACAGGUUUAACAUUAUAAAUAUGACUGAGGAAAACCCAAUUUUUGUUCAUAGCAGACCGACCAAAUGGUAUGAUUUACAAACAAAAAUUAAAAGAUAUCGAAUUUGAACCUUGUAUCAAUAGAUGUUUUAUGUGCCAAGCCAUAGACGUGUAUGUGAGAUGUUACAUUUCAAACUUUAAUUGUGCUGAAAUAUCAAUGAUGAUGAGUAUUACAAUUAUUACUAUUACAUGUACAUGUACAUGUAACUAGGCAGAUCUACCAUGAAAUGACUUUCCUGCAGUUAAUAAACUGGACUUUUUUUGGU